AUGGCUCUUCCAGCUCCCGAGCAAUUCUCACAAGUCCUUCCUACUAUGGACAUUCCACCUUCAUUACCUUCUCUGUCGAAAGAAAGGAGUAGUUCAUCUCGACGGAGCUCUCCAGAGAGAGUCGCAACCCUCAUCCUUCAAGAGAAGCCCAUUCACGCCCGCCAAAUCCCCAAGAAACCCGCGACGGUGGAGAAUCGAUUACGCCCUGCUGCAGAUGUCAUCAACCGCAUCAUUUGGGAUCCGGAUUACGACAGCGAUGAUUUCGUGAUUGUGUAUGAGGACCGGUUUGAGGGACGCCUAGAAGCCAGCUUCAAUACGUGGAAGCGAGAGACGACGCACGACGAGUUCAUCCCCCAACAUCGGAUCCUCCAUAUCAAGCGUCGCACAAUGACUCCAAGACGUCGUCGAUUCGAGUUUUCCUUCCGCAAGAGACACAGCGGUCCCUCUACGUCCUCCUCGAGUAUCUCCCCCACGAUUCCUGUGCUCCAGUCGCCCAUGGCCUUCCAAGCACUCGGUGCGAGAACCAUCUCCGAAGCGACCUUGAAGCAGAAGAAUAAGCUGGAUAGGGCGCCUGUGAGGCCGUCCAUGUUCCUCGAGGAGAAGGACGACGAUGAACAUCCGAUGUAUCCCAUCAAGCCCGGUGCGCCUGCCGAUGUGAAGCCGACUCAUCUCGAACGCAAAAGUAUCGAAGGAGAGUCUGUGCUGCGUCCCAAAAGUCAAUACUUCGAGGAGAUGUUCAACAUCAGGGGUCUGGUGACCUCCCCGAGGACUCAGAUUACUCACGAAUCUGUGACUGUCGUUGAGGUCAAGAUCAAUACCAGGGUCAAGGACGAUGACACACUGGCGUCGACGAUCUCAUCAAAGAUGGCACAGAUCCUUGAAAAGCCCGAGGUCUUCAUCAUGACCACGAUUCAGCAAGAUGCUUGUGUUUACUUCGGGAACUCAAACACACCGGCGUACCUGAUGAAGGUGUUUGCAUUGCCGGUUCUCAUAGCGCCUAUAAUGAAUCUCCGCAGUACCAUCUUGAUUCAGAUUGAGCUCCAGAAGAUCCUAAGCAUCGCACCGAACCGCGGAAUCAUCUUAUACAUCCCGAUGCCGGAAGAGAACCUUGCAACCAACGGAAUGACUGUGAUGGGUCAGUUGGCAAAUCUGGAGCGUGGCACGGGGAUUUUUAGAACUAUCUCUCGAACUGUGAGCCGAAAGUUGAAAUCCGGUAGCACCCAGAGUGCACCGAUCUCUGUGGCCACAACAUCCUCGUGGAAUUUCAGUGAUAAGAAGUCGCCAGCAUCGAUGACCGAGAAUCAGUCUCACGAGAGCGAGGCCUCUAAGGAGGGGAAGAAGUUCAAGUUCAAGUCCAGGUCCAGGUCAACCACUAAGGCGAGAAGCUCUCUUUCUUCUGCAGUCCGUGAGGAUGCAGAUCAACCUGAACCAGUGGAUAAUGUUCAUGAUCGCUCUCAUCUGUACAUUCCAACGAUCCAACUACGCGACAUGGAGCCGGAAUAUGGCCAAGGACGUAUCCUGGAAAUAGAAGGCAAUCUAUUUGAUGCCCCCGAUGGAGCAGCACUGAUCCAGUCAUGCAACUGUCAAGGUGCCUGGGGUAAGGGAAUUGCUAAACAGUUCCGAGACAAGUACCCCAAUGCCUACUUCGCCUACCGUACCCACUGUCAAGACUACAAUGCGCUCAACACCGAAGUGGUCGUCACAGGCGAGACUGGUCCGCGCAGAGUCCGCUUGCCCGAAGGCACCGCCCUCGUCAUCCCACCGCAGCAUGGCGACUACGAGCCCAGCGGCGGACAUCAGCACUGGAUCAUCUGUCUCUUCACCUCCUUUAGCUACGGGACCGCCACCUCGCCCGUCGACAUUCUGCUAGGCAACACCGAGCUUGCGGUCGCGGAUCUGAAGAAACAGCUCGAGGAACUCCGUGCCGAGGGGAUCGACUUGGGUAGGCUCUGGUCGUGUCGGUUCAACUCGGGCUUGUUCGGCGUGGACUGGGCGCAUUCGAGGGAUAUUCUGGUGAGAUCCGGGCUGGAAGUUACUGUUGUCAGUCCACCAAGGGCGUGA